AUGGAUGAUUACUUGGUUGGGCCUUCUACAAUUCCGGUUGGGAUGAGAGAGUUUUAUGAUUGUGUUCAACAUAAUCAACUUUCUGAUGUUAAAAGCCAUGGGUUGCGGUUCACGUGGAAUCAAAAACCAAAGAACGGUGUAGAAGUGUUAAAGAAAAUUGAUAGAGUCAUGAGUAAUACUCAGUUUCUUGAUUUAUUUCCAGAUGCCUACGUUCUUUUCCAUCCUUAUCGGGUCUCGGAUCAUUCGCCAUGCAUUCUUCACCUGUCUCCUUUUAAGCAUACUCGGCCGAAACCGUUCAAGUUUACUAAUUUUUUAGUAAAUAAGGAGGGUUUCAUUCCAUGUGUCGCUAGAGAGUGGGCUAAGGUUAUUCCGGGUGUAACUAUGUUCUCGAUUGUAAAGAAACUGUUGGCCCUCAAGUCUCCGUUGAGACGUCUCUUAUUUAUUCAGGGUAAUCUUCACAAUCGUGUUAAGGAGGCUAGAUUGAAGUUGGACGACAUUCAAAAGGCUAUCGAUGUUAACCCUACGGAUAUUGCUCUUAGAGAAACUGAAUCCAGAUGUAUUCAGGAGUUCAAUUCUCUGUCUUAUGAUGAAGAAUGCUUUCUAAAGCAAAAAGCUAAGGCAGAAUGGCUAGCAGCAGGUGACUCGAAUACUAAAUUCUUCCAUAAUUGUGUGAAAAUGAGGAAUGCGAGUAACAAGAUUCAUAGUAUUCAAGAUGUGCAUGGUAACUGGUUUCAAGGUAAUGAUGUUUUUGGAGCUCUGGUAUCGCACUACUCGGCUUUUUUGGGUACUCAGGAUCAAGUGGUCAAGCUGGUUAAUGAUGAUUUAUUCUCUAAUGUUCUUGAUUCGAAUGUUGCUAGCUCUAUGAUUAGGCAGGUUACUCGUGAGGAGGUUAAAAGUGCUAUUUUCUCCAUAGGAGAAAAUAAGGCCCCAGGCCCGGAUGGCUACACUUCUGCAUUUUUUAAAACUCUUGGGAGAUAG